UGAAUUCUUCCUCUACGAAUAUAUUGACCUCAGACAUUGUUCGAAGUAUGAGUGUUUUCUGCGUCUACCUCGCAAACUGGGUAAUCCUUAGUUAUUUGGGAUUUAACUGGAGAAGCUUAUAGGUGUUCCCUGGCUUUGAUAUAUAUAAUAUUAUUUCACAUGGUGUAGAGGUAUGUUCUGCUCACAGUAUGUAACUAAGUAUUUUGAACCCUGAUGACAAAGGUUAUCCAUGAUUUUCCAUGUUUUCUAAUAUUUUGUGGUCAAAAGAUAUUUUGGGGCCUUGCCUUUAAACGAUAACUCAAAAUGGAUAACACUUUCUUAUUCUGCAACAUCUGUUAAUAUAAUUCCUUUUAUGAGUAACUUUUUUUUUGGACUCUGUACAAGGUUCUGUUGUGUUGCUUUGACAAUCGUGUUGGAGCAAAACUUCUCUAUAGCCUAUGUCGUUCGGAUGACAUAAUGUCAGGCAUAGCAGAGGCAGCAGAAUCAUGUCUUUAUCAUAUCGGUACGAAGCUGUGGGUUCAACUGUGUUGUAGGGAUCUUUUGGUGCAAGGAAGUUGUCCAGCCCAUUAUCUGUGGCAUAUGAGUAAUGAUGCAUGACAAUAUUUGAUCGACACAAAUCGAGGUCUGUAUAAUAGUGUUUUCUAAAAAAUUGAUAUGAACAUUUUGGCAGGAAGUGCAGCACUACUCACUGGCUAUAUAAUAUUGAAUGGGUUGCUAACUAUUCCACAUCCCCACUUGUAACUUCAUCUUUGUUUUGAAGUAUUCUCAUUUACUUCUUUCACAUCAUGUCUCGUGUUUCACUUUUGAAGGACCUCAAUGAAGGGACCGAUAGGUGGAGGAUCAUAACACGUGUGUUUAGGAAAUGGAGUGUUUAUCAAAAGUUUGCCCCUGCUGAUUUGUUUUGUAUCACUAUGAUAUUGGUUGAUGAAGAGGGAAAUAGAAUUCAAGCAAGUGUUCUGAGCAGGCAUUUACUUGAUCAAUUCAGAGAUUUUCCAGUUGAAGGGGAAACCUAUUUUAUUGCUAAUUUCAUUGUAUCUUCCAACAACAAUCAGUACAGGGGUACCAAUAAUCCCUUCAAGAUAACCUUUACACAGCAAACCUACAUCAAGCCACAAGAUGGACCAAUUCCGAUUAAUGCAUACUCCUUUACACCUAUUGCUGAGGUUUUGAAGUGCACUGAGAGAACCUGUAUUGACUACCUGAUUGAUGUUAUUGCCUUUGUGCAAUCUAUUGGCUUGCUGGAAGAAUAUAGGAAGGAAAAUGACACAAAGCAUAAGCUGCGCAUGGUUUUAGUUGACAAUGAGGAGAAUGAUAUUGAAUGUGUCCUUUUUGAUGAGUGCUCCACUGAUGCAUAUGCUAAUUAUUUGGAAAAUAUGGAGACGCUAGUUGUUGUUGUGAUCAAUCUUGCUAGGGUUGGUUUUGCUGAAGAUGGACGUCCACAGCUGUGCAGUUCAUUCAGUGCUACGAGGGUGUUUUUCAACCCGUGCCUACAGGAAGUGAAAGACUUGAUUGCAAAUGCAAAACAAAAUUCUUCUCCCGUGAUGACAGCCCUUACCCAACCAAUCCCUACUCAGUCAGGACAACCUUCAGCUGAUAACAUGAUGAGGAAUAAUACAAGAGUUGUCAUUUCUGAGAUUGGAAACCAGCGCAUAGAUGCGACAUUUAUUAUUAUCUGUGUUAUCAUGAAACUGGAAACCCGACAUGGAUGGACAUAUGAUUGCUGCUCUAAAUGUGGAAGUAAGCCCAAGAUGGAAGAUGGGUCAUGGUACUGCAUGACAUGCAAGAAGAAGCCUGAAUCAAUUGAGCCUAAGCUGAAGGUCCAUUACGUUGUUGAGGAUGAGUCAGGAAAAACUUCUGUUAUAUUUUGGGACAAGUUGGCAGUGCAGCUGUUCAACAAAAAUGCCACAGAAAUGAAAGUUUUACUUCAAAAGGCUCAAUGUGAAUAUGAUUUCCCGGAUAGCUUGGAUGAAUUGGUUGGCAAGCGGAUGAUCCUCAAGUUGAAACUUAAUGACUAUAACAAGAGGUACCCCUCUUCUAGCAUAAGUGUCCUGCAGUAUACCAUUUGUGAAGACCUUAUUGAGCAGUUCAUACAUGCAGCGAUAGAGAAUCAGGUGCCUGCUAAUGACAACCCAGCUGAGGAUGAAGUGUGUAAUGAUGACGACCCAACUACUGAGCUCAAUGAAGUAAGAGGUGAAGAUCCCCGUUCCCCAGAGGUGGAAAUUUCUAUUCCAACCCAAAACAUAAAUGAGAGUGCCUAUGUAGAGGGCAAUAUUGCAUCUCCUGUGCAGUCAGCUCAAGUCGAAAUUGAUAGUAAUGCAGAUGAUAUGACUUUAUCACAGUUGAGUGACAGCAUGAAGGCUCCCCCAACUAAAGGUAAAAGAAAGGGUUCGGGCAAGAGAGUCGCCGCACUUGAAGUGUCCAAGACUAUAAAUACUCCCUCCUCAUCUGUUCCAGAGGACAGGGUAGUUAAAGUUAUCAAGCAAGAGAAGAAGUAGUCUGUUGUCUUUGUUCUUCAAUUAGGAUGAGUUGUAUUAUGUUCCACUUAUGUUAUUUUCUGAGAGUGUUGUCGUAUGUGCUGUGUUUCGUUGAUCGUGCUGCUAGGUUACUUGUGUUGUUGGUCAUCUUUAUUUACAUUGUAGCAUGUUGUUUUGAAUUUAUGUCAGUUUCAUUUUGUGUUUA